AUGGCACUGACCGUGUGUGUGCGGCGUCUCACGGGACUGCCAGGCACCCAUGACCGGCAAGUCAAGCUCAGCUUUCGAGGCUCUACCCAGAAAACAAGGAAAAUCCACUGUGGUCGGGAAGCAGACAUCGGCGAGCUGUUCCGUUGGCCCCACUACGGGGCUCCGCUGGCUGGGGAGUGUCUGUCUGUGCGAGUUGUCAACUGUAGCCGUGUGUUCAGUCCCAGGUCUCUGGGGACCUUGGUAAUCUCCCUACAGCAGUUACAGAGUACCGGGCAUUUGGUGCUACGGGAGGCCCUUGUGGAUGAACACCUGCGUGUGUCCCCAAUCCAGGUGGAGCUUGACCUGAAGUACCAACCGCCAGAGGGUGCCACUGGAGACUGGGCAGAGGAGGACUUUGGGGUACCCAUUCGGGACAGCUCUGAGCUAAUCAUCCCCAAUGUUGGCUUCCAGGAGCUUGAGCCUGAGGAGGCCCGACUGGAGCGGCGGGCGGUGGCUUUGGGCCGGCGGCUGGCUCGAAGCCUGGGCCAGCAGGAUGAUGAGGACAACGAGCUGGAGCUGGAGCUGGGGCUGGAGGAUGAACCUGAUGUGGAACUGUCCGGGGUCGUGUUCAGUCGCCUCAAAAGCCGUACGCGGGGCCUGACCCGCGGGGAUCCCUUCCAGGCAUCCAGAGCCCAGGAAUUCCAGGUGGGGGUCACUGUGCUGGAGGCCCAGAAGCUGGUGGGCGUCAACAUUAACCCCUAUGUGGCUGUGCGGGUCGGGGACCAACGCCGAGUGACCACCACCCAGCGUGGGACCAACUGCCCCUUCUACAACGAGUACUUCCUGUUCGAAUUCCACGAGACCCGGCUUCGCCUCCAGGACCUGCUGCUGGAGAUCACGGCUUUCCACUCGCAGACUCUCCCCUUCAUGGCCACCCGCAUUGGCACCUUCAGAAUGGACUUGGGUAUCAUCUUCGACCAGCCAGAUGGCCAUUUCUACCAGAAAUGGGCUCCACUGCACGACCCCCAGGACACCCGCGCCGGCAUCAAGGGCUUUGUCAAGGUCACGUUGUCUGUGAGGGCGCGUGGGGACUUGCCCCCUUCCCUGCCACCCCCGGGCCCGGGGCACAGCGCGGACAUAGAGAAGAACCUGCUCCUUCCCCGCCGGGUGCCAGCCGAACGGCCGUGGGCGCGACUCCGUGUGCGCGUGUUCCGCGCCGAGGGGCUUCCGGCACUGCGCUCCGGGCUGCUGGGGAGCCUGGCCCGCGCCCUACACGACCAGCGCGUCCUCCUAGACCCUUACGUGAAGGUGUCCUUUCUGGGACAGCAGGGCGAGACGUCGGUGCGCAGCGAGGCAGUGGCGCCGGAGUGGAACGAGCAGUUGAGCUUCUUGGAGCUCUUCCCGCCGCUGACACGCGGCCUUCGCCUGCAGCUGCGGGACGACGCGCCCCUCGGCGACGUGGCCCUCGCCACGCACGUGCUGGACCUGAGGCAGAUCUCCCACCCAGGCCGCGCGGCGGGGUUUAACCCCACCUUCGGCCCGGCCUGGGUGCCCCUGUAUGGCUCGCUCCCCAGCCGGGGGCUCCGGGAUGGUCUUCAAGGUCUCAACGAGGGUUUUGGCCAGGGGAUUUGGUUCCGUGGGCGCCUGCUGGUGGCCGUGUCCAUGGAGGUGUUGGAAGGCAGGGCUGAGCCUGAGGGCCCCCAGGCCUCAAAGGGGUCCAGGUUGUCCCGACUUACCAGAAAGAAGAAGAAAGCCAAGCAGGGCCAGGCCCCUUCGGGGGCUCCUGCAGCGGCCGCUGGCUCCAGUGUGCAGGGGCCUGAGAUUCCCAGCGCCGUGGAGGUGGAGGUGGAAGAGCUGUUGCCGCUGCCAGAGAACGCCUUGGCGCCCCUCCAAGACUUCCUGCUUUUUGGUGUGCUCUUCGAGGCCACCAUGAUUGAUCCUGCGGUGGCCUCUCAGCCCAUCAGCUUCGAGAUUUCUAUCGGUCGUGCAGGCCGACAGGAGGAGCGUGUGGGCCAGGGUUCUAGGGCCGCACAGGAACCUGAGAACACUGAGGCAGAGGUGCAGCCUCUGCUGGACUUAGAAGUGGGGAUGGAACAGGAGGAAGAGGAGGAGGAGCUGGGCAUUCCUGCUCAGCAACCUGAGCCCAUGGAUGGCAGCGGGCCGUACCUCUGCCUGCCCCUGCGGCACCGUAAGCCAUGUGUGCAUGUGUGGAGCCGCUGGGAGGACUACACGUGGCGCCUGCAUAGUAGCAACUGUGUGCGCAAAGUGGCCGAGCGACUGGACCUGGGGCUGCAGGAGGUGGAGAAGAUGCAGCGCAGGCCAGGGCCUGGUGCCUGCGCACGGCUCAAGCAGGCACUGGAAGAACUGGUGGCUGGGAGCAGACAGUUUUGCCUUGGUGCUGAGCGCAGGACCAUGACUCGGCCCAACUCCCUGGAUCGCUGCAGAGGGAAACUGCUAACUCACAGCAUGAACCUCUUGGCAAAGCAAGGACUGUGGCUUCUAAGGGGCCUGAGGCAGAGCAACGUGCAAAAGAAGGUGGCAUUGGCCAAGAAGCUCCUGGCGAAACUGCGCUUUCUGGCUCAGGAGCCCCAACCGUCCUUCCCUGACGUGCUGGUCUGGAUGCUCAGUGGGCGGCGCCGUGUGGCCUGGGCCCGGAUCCCUGCCCAGGAUGUGCUGUUCUCUGUGGUGGAGGAAGAGCGUGGCCGGGACUGUGGCAAGAUCCAGAGUCUGCUGCUCACAACUCCUGGAGCAGCCCCUGGGGAAGUCUGCGCCAAACUGGAGCUCUUCCUGUGGCUGGGACUGAGCAAGCAAGCCAAGGCCUGCACCUCUGAGCUGCCCGCUGAGUUGCUGCCCGAGCCCACUGCUGGGUUGCCCCGCAGCCUUUACCGUGAUGAUUUUAGCUACUUCCAGCUCCGGGCUCACUUGUACCAGGCCCGUGGUGUGCUGGCUGCAGAUGACAGCGGCCUCUCGGACCCCUUCGCACGAGUGCUCAUCUCCACCCAGUGCCAGACCACGCAGGUCCUGGAGCAGACACUGAGUCCCCUGUGGGACGAGCUCCUGGUAUUUGAUCAGCUGAUUGUGGAUGGGCGGAGGGAACACCUGCAAGAAGAACCUCCGCUGGUGAUUGUCAAUGUCUUUGACUACAACAAGUUUGGCCCUGCAGUGUUCCUGGGGAGGGCGUUGGCUGCCCCGAGAGUAAAGCUGGCUGAGGACCCAUACCAGCGCCCUGAACUGCAGUUCUUCCCCCUGAGGAAUGGGCCCCGGGCAGCAGGAGAGCUCAUUGCCACCUUUGAGCUCAUCGAACUGGACUAUAGCGGCCGAUUUGAGCCCUCGGUGCCUCGUGAUGUGGAGCCCCAGGAUCUGACAGGCUUAGUGGAUCCCCUCUCUGGACGCCUGUCCCUGCCACCCAGUGUGCGACCUGUGCUCAGAGAGUUUCGCGUAGAGGUGCUGUUCUGGGGCCUGCGUGGUCUUGGGCGUGUGCAUCUGUUUGAGGUGGAGCAGCCCCAGGUUGUGCUGGAGGUGGCUGGACAACGUGUGGAGUCUGAGGUCCUAGCCAGCUACCGCGAGAGCCCCAACUUCACAGAGCGUGUCAAGCAUCUGACUGUGGAUUUGCCGGAGCAGCCUUACCUGCAGCCCCCACUCAGCAUCCUGGUGAUAGAGCGCCGGGCCUUUGGCCGCACAGUCCUGGUGGGAUCCCACAUUGUCCCCCGCAUGAUGCGGUUCAUACUCCAGGGUCCUGAGGAUGUCCCUGAGGAGGAGGAAGGAGAAGAGGAAGCAGGAGACCUGGUACCUCCCACAGGACCUCAAGGUGUGAGGCCCACUCCCUGGUGGUCAGCAGCCACCAUCCUUCCCCUUGCUCCCCUGAAGAAGCUCCCCUUAGGAGGCCUCCUGAAUCAAGGCCCUGAACUGGAGGAGGACAUCCCUGAUCCUGAAGAGCUGGACUGGUGGUCCAAGUACUACGCGUCGCUGCAGGAGCUGCAGGGCCAGCCCAACUUCGAGGAGGAUGAAACAGAUGAUCCUGAAGAUUCAGGUGGGAUCAACCUCACUUCUGUGGAUGGGGAGGUCCAAGGCCAGCGUGAGGCUGAAGUCAGAGGCUCCAUGACCCGGACGAAAACCAUAGCCACCCUGAAGAUCUAUAAUAGGUCCCUGGAGGAGGAGUUCAACCACUUUGAGGACUGGCUGAAUGUGUUUCCCCUGUACCGGGGGCAAGGCAGUCAGGGGGACGGAGACGGAGAAGAAAAAGACUCCGAGCACUUUAUGGGCAAGUUCAAGGGCUCCUUCCUUAUUUACCCUGAGUCGGAGGCAACGUCCACUGAGCCCAAGAUCUCACGGGGCAUCCCCCAGAACCGGCCCCUCAAGCUGCUGGUCAGAGUGUAUGUUGUGAAGGCUACCAACCUGGCUCCCGCGGACCCCAAUGGCAAAGCAGACCCCUACGUGGUGGUGAGCGCUGGCCAGGAGAGGCAGGACACCAAGGAGCGCUACAUCCCCAAGCAGCUCAACCCCAUCUUUGGAGAGGUCCUGGAGCUCAACAUCUCACUCCCAGCUGAGCCAGAGCUGACCGUGGCCGUGUUUGACCAUGACCUUGUGGGUUCCGACGACCUCAUAGGAGAGACCCGCAUUGAUGUGGAAAACCGCUUCUAUAGCCACCACAGGGCAAACUGUGGACUGGCCUCCCAGUAUGAUGUGGAUGGGUACAAUACAUGGCGUGAUGCCUUCCGGCCGUCACAGAUCCUGGCAGGACUCUGCCAGCGCUGUGGCCUCCCUGCCCCCGAGUACCGAGCAGCGGCUGUCAAGGUGGGCAGCAAAGUCUUCCCGACACCACCCGAGACCCUGCCCCAAGCUGAGCGCUGGCCAGCAAUUACCAGCACAGCCUGCCAUGAGGCCCAGGCACUGCUGGUGCUGCAACACUGGCAGGAGAUGCCAGAGCUCGGAAUCCAGCUGGUGCCCGAGCAUGUGGAAACACGGCCCCUGUACCAUCCCCGCAGCCCGGGGCUGCUGCAGGGUUCUCUGCACAUGUGGAUUGACAUCUUUCCCCGUGAUGUGCCUGCCCCGCCGCCCGUGGACAUUAAGCCUCGGCAGCCAAUCAGCUAUGAGCUCCGCGUUGUCAUCUGGAACACGGAAGAUGUGGUUCUGGAUGACGUGAACCCACUUACCGGGGAGAUGUCAAGUGACAUCUAUGUGAAGAGCUGGGUGAAGGGACUGGAGCACGACAAGCAGGAGACAGAUGUGCACUUCAACUCCCUCACCGGGGAGGGGAACUUCAACUGGCGCUUCGUGUUCCGCUUCGACUACCUGCCCACUGAGCGGGAGGUCAGCGUCCGGCGUCGGCCAGGACCCUUUGCCUUGGAGGAGGCCGAGUUCCGGCAGCCAGCUGUGCUGGUGCUGCAGGUCUGGGACUACGAUCGCAUCUCGGCCAACGACUUCCUGGGAUCCCUGGAGCUGCAGCUACCAGACAUGGUGCGGGGUGCCCGCAAUGCCGAGCAGUGCUCUGUGCGGCUGGCCCGCGACGGGGCUGGGCCCAGGUGUAAUCUGUUCCGCAGCCGUCGGCUACGGGGCUGGUGGCCGGUGGUGAAGCUACGGGAGGCCGAAGACUUGGAAAGGGAGGAGCGGGAGGCCCAGGCUGGCAAGAAGAGGAAGCGCAAGAGGAGAAAGGGCCGGCCGGAGGACCUACAGUUCAUAGAUUCAGGCGGCAAUGUCUACAUCCUCACGGGCAAGGUGGAGGCCGAGUUUGAGCUGCUGACUGUGGAGGAGGCUGAGAAGCGGCCUGUAGGGAAGGGGCGGAAGGAGCCAGAGCCGCUGGAGAAGCCCAACCGCCCCAAAACCUCGUUCCACUGGUUUGUGAACCCACUCAAGACGUUCGCCUUCUUCAUCUGGCGCCGGUACUGGCGCAUCCUGGUGCUGCUGCUGCUGCUGGCGCUCAUCACCGUCUUCCUGCUGCUGGUCUUCUACACCAUGCCCGGCCAGAUCAGCCAGGCCAUCUUCAGCCCGCUCCACAGGGCCUCCAACUCCAACUGACCUGUGGCUCCAGCACGGUGCCAGCCCUUCAGCUCCAGCCCCUG